GAGAGAGAGACACAGAAACAGAAGGAGAAGGAGAGAAACUUCAACCAAACUUCAAGCGGACUAUCCUCAGUAUUCUAUAAACCUUCGUCUGCUUUCAUCGACAUCUUCAACCUCAGCCAGCGAACUGCAAGGACAACGAACGUAGGAAGUCAACUUUCUGUCGGAUCUGCUAUAUAGAGAAACGCCAUUAUCAGUAAUGGAGUCUGCAGCUGCAGGAGGUGCAGAGGAUGAGGAAACUACGGGUCGUGGGUUAGCGACACUCCAGUACUGCGCUAAGUACUUCAGUAAACAGCAAAUGUCGGUAAGCCUUAGCAAGGAGAAGUCUCGGACGUCCCGCCAGGACCUGGCAGGAGGUGACAUGGACUGGAUGAGAGGAAAAGUUUACCUCAGACCAGAUGACCAGUUACAAUUACCUGAGAUUGAACUACAAGAAGAGAUAGCACGGGUUUUAAUGAUGCACAACACUCGUAUACCCGAUGCAUUAGUUGAAUGGUCAUGGAGGCAAAAGGAGUUCAUCAGGCUACCUAAUCCACCUCAUUUAGUAACUCUCUUAAACAUCCCUGGAACGAUAUUACAUAAAGAAUCAGAUGAGGCCAGAAUACAAUUAUCCGGUGGAAUUAUCAGCAAGUACCAUUGCGAUGAACCCUUAGAUUUUCUGAUAGAAAAAGAUGAAGAUGAUGAAGAAGAGGAGCAAGAAAAAAUAGAAGAUGAGGGUAAAGCAGAUGGCCAACAAGAUGCUGAACCUGAACCCGAAGUUGAUGAUGAGGAGGGUGAGGUGAUGAAGCCAAAGAAAGUCCCAAAUCAAUUCAACUUUUGUGAAAGAGCGGCGCUCACAUACAAUAAUCUCAUGAGAGAAAUGUCUACUCAAACUGUACCUCCCCCAAGAGCGACAUUUAAUGCACACGUAUUUCAGUGGAUCAUCUUUGAUGAUUACCAGGAAGAUUAUGCCCAACAACAGCGAGAAAAGGAAAAGGAAAGGAAGGUACCCCUACCUCAACCCAAAAAGGAAGACGUGAAACGCAAAGCACAAAUGGAAGCAAUGGCCACUAACAUCAGAAUGCUUCAAGCUUCUAAAACUUUGGAACGAAUGGUUAAUCAGAAUAUUUUUGACGAAAUAUCCCAAGACUACAGGUACUGGAACGAUCCGAGUGACGAGUUCAAGGAUGGAGAAGGCUCUUUAUUACCACUGUGGAAAUUUAGUUACGAAAAAUCUAAGAAACACGAUGUCACCGACAUGUGUUUUAAUGGGAGAUAUAACGAUUUCUUUGCUACUGCCUUUGGAACAAUGUCAUUUGGAAGUCCCAUGAACACGGGUAACGUUUGUCUCUUCAGUCUGAAAAAUCCGUCAUACCCAGAAUGGAUUUGCCCAACUGAUUCUCCUGUCAUGUGUCUUGACUUUAAUGGGCAACAUCCACAUCUUCUAGUAAUUGGAACAAUGGAUGGCACAGUAGCAGUGUAUAACAUAAUGUUACCACCUAUAGAGCCACAAUAUAAGAGUAAUGAAGUUACCCAAAAACAUGGAGGUAUUGUUUGGGAGGUCAGGUGGGCACCGGAUACAGAAGAGGGUAAUCUUACCUUCUACAGCGUAAGCAUCGACGGUAAAAUCAAUCAUUGGGUGUUGAAUCAGAAUGAUCUGGGAGUUACUACCAUCAUGACUUUAUACCUUGAUAGACCUCCGAUUCCAGGGCCAGAUGGUACCAUGAUUACUCUGAAAGGAUGCGGAACAUGUAUAGCAUUUCAUCCAAAUGAUGGAAACAUAUUCCUUGUGGGAACUGAGGAGGGCACAAUUUAUAAAUGCAACACAGCUUACAGCAGCAUAUAUAUGCGAACUUAUGACGAAGCUCAUAAUAUGCCUGUACAUAGAAUUGUGUUUAAUAAAUACAAUUCAAGCAUUUUUGCCAGCUGUUCUGGGGAUUGGCGAAUAAAAAUAUGGGAAGAUGAGAGACUGGAGCCGCUAUUCAUGUUCGAUUUAGGAGUACCGAUAGGGGAUGUUCAAUGGGCUCCAUACAGUUCAACUGUUUUGGCUUGCGUGUCUAAUGACGGAAAAGUGACUGUCUUCGACUUAAAUAUCAACAAAUACCGGCCUAUUUGCAGUCAAGCUAUUGUGAGCAGAAGAAGAAACAAGCUCACCAGAUUGGCAUUCAAUGUUGCCUUACCAUUCAUUAUUGUAGGGGAUGACAAGGGAACCAUACACACGUUAAAAUUGUCGCCAAAUUUACGACUCAAAAUAAAGCCAACGAAAAAGCAGUUGCAAAUGACCCAACACGAAUUAGAAGCGUUGAAACUGGAGCGGCUUUUAAGUUUCGUCAGAGAACCCCCAGUCUUAGUACCCCCAGCGGAUGUCAGAAUAAUAAAUUAAAUUUUGCUGAAAGCAUAAGUUCA